AUGGCGCCUCCGAAAUCGGCGAAGCGAAAGGCCGUUUCCUCUGCCUGCAUUCCUUGUCGCAAACGCAAGAGCAAGUGUGACGGAGGUCUCCCUUCCUGUUCCACCUGUAUGGCGGUUUACCGAACAGACUGCAGUUACGACCAAGACACGGACCACCGACGCAAGGGCGCACUUCGAAAAGAUAUAGCAUCACUCCAAAAUAAAAACACCGUGCUCGAUGUCAUCAUCAACUCCUUGUGUGCUCUUCCAGAGCACGAGGCCACUGCACUGUUUCAUAGCCUACGCCGAGGUGAAAGACUCGACUCUCUAGCUGAAGCCAUCAGUGGUGGAGAUACCGAAAAACUGCAAGCAUUAGUUACCGACCUCCCUGGGCCUGACGGAACUCCAGGAGCAACAUCUGACACACAAGCUCCUUCAACACGAAACGAAUCGUCACGCAGUCCGGCGGAUGGCAAGUGGAAUGAUGCAGGAAGCCAGAGCGCAGCAGCAGAAGGGUUAUCCUCUUGGUUCCGUAUACCUCAAGACGCAGAGUUUGUGGACCAUCUACUCAACCUUUAUUUCUGCUGGAGCCAUCCGUUCUUUUGCUUCUUCUCAAAAAGUCAUUUCUUGCGGGACAUGGCACGAGGUUCAACCAAGUACUGUAGCGCUUUGCUGGUCAAUGCGGUGUGCUCAGUGGCUUGCCAAUACUCCGAUCGACCUGCAGCAUGCGAACGAGCUGGAGACUACUUCUUUGGCGAGGCACAAAGACUUGCUGAGAACAUCAGCGCGUUAGAACUGACAUCUGUCCAAGCUAUGGCAGUGAUGGCCGUUAGAGAGGGUUCUGCAGGCCGUGACCACAUUAGCUUCCGCCUAAUCGGAAGAGCUGUGCGUCUUGCUAUGGAAAUGGGCCUCCAUCUGGCAGACACUACCGCAGGGAAGCCAGAUUUAUGUUCCAGCGAGAUGGACAUCCGAAAGCUGACUUUCUGGGGUGUCUUCAACUGCGAGAUGAUCUGCUGCCUGGCAUUGGGCAGGGUAUCUUCGAUACAUAAGAACGCUGUUGAGAUUGAUAAACGGAGGUCACGAUCAUCUGCUAUGAACUCAGAAAAGUUGGACGCACUGUUCUGGCAACCUUACGAGGACGUCAACUUGCCAGUCAGUCCGAGCGCUGUACAGCCUAUGAAAUGCCUACUGUUCCACAACAUCCAGAGUAAGCUCUCUGAGAUGAUCAAUGACAUCAACCUCAAUCUUCAUGCACCCAGAGAGAGGUUCACACCGCGUCGACUGGCUUCAGCAUAUCAUCAGUACCAAAUGUGGUACAGCGAGCUGCCCAAGAUGUUCCAGCUUCAGAACACCGCAAUGCCUCACGUUAUUGUGCUUCAUAUGUACUACCACCAGUGCGUAUUGCAUCUGUUCCGACCUUUUAUGAAGCUCGACCUCUCAGACAUCGGACUCUAUCCGCGGGAGCUAUUGACCUAUUGCGCCACAGAGAUUUCAAAACUCAUGAAUGCGCUCCGUGCAAUGUAUGGAUUGAGACGAACGUCUCUGGCCGUCAGCUCCAUCCUUCUUUCGGCCAGCACAGUCCAUCUCAUGAACCUUCCCUCUCAAGGUGCAGCAGUUCAGCUCACCCAAGCGAUGCAAGACUUGGAUAAGAUGUCUGUGAAUCACCGUUAUGCCUCGUGCUGUUUGGAGGCGAUCAACCGACUGGCGAAUCAGUGGGGUAUCAGGUUGCCUGAGGCCACUGCCAACUUAGCGCCUUUUCCAUCUCCGAAACCCGACCAAGCUAUGCCGAACAUGUCGCUGUUUUUCACACAAGCAACACUCAGCAAUGAAUCUCCAGAAUCACAUGUCACUCCUCCCGCCCAAAGUCUAAGACACGAUUCGUGUAGUAUAUUCGAACCAUCUCUUGCUGCACACAAUAUGCCAAUCCUGCCGACCAAUAGUCAGUCAUCUUUAGGGGUGGCAUCACAACACAGCAUGCACUCUACGCCUGUGAAUACGACUCUGGUCCAGGCACAAAUGAACAUGUGGUCAUCAUUCCCUUCUCAACAGAUGUCGACGCCAAUGCAGUUACAGUCACCGACGGCAGACUUUGAUGUGAUAAAUGUCGACUCUUCGGCUUCUUUUGGAUAUUAG